AGUUCCAUUUCAAGGCUCAAGCAACCGCGCGCUGGUUGUCCGAUGUUGUGCUGGUCUGGUAGCCACGCAGCACGCUGGUAGCAUAACUAUUUGUCUAUGAAUUUAUAUCUCUCAUUUUACAAAAAUACAAAUUGAACUUUGGAAUUCCUUUUUCAAUUUUUUAUCAAUAACUUAGCACUACCGGUACUUUUUAACAGAGUCUGAAAUUUACUAACUAUAAGUAAUUAACGUAACAAUGAAUCAAUUUAGAAUUUUAGCAAGGAACUUUUCAAGUUCAUCAGCCUUACAAAACACAGUGAAGAAUGUUACAGUCAUUGGAGGAGGUUUGAUGGGAUCAGGGAUUGCUCAGGUAGCAGCACAAGCAGGUCAAAAUGUGACACUAGUUGAUGUCAGUUCAGAAGUCCUGGCUAAAGCCCAGAAGUCAAUCGGCAACAACCUAAGCCGAGUGGCUAAGAAGGUGUACAAGGACAAGCCUGCGGAGGGAGAGAAGUUUGUGUCAGAAUCCAUGGCGAGGAUUAAGACUGCCACCGACCCUGUCAAAGCGGCUGCUGCUGCUGACCUAGUGGUGGAAGCUAUUGUGGAGAACAUAGGUGUCAAACACCAACUGUUCCAGAAACUUGAUGAGGCUGCCCCAGCUCAUACUAUAUUGGCAUCAAACACUUCAUCUCUUUCCAUAAAUGACAUUGCUUCAGUGGUGAAGAGGAAGGACAAGUUUGGUGGCCUGCACUUCUUCAACCCAGUACCAGUGAUGCGUCUUUUAGAAGUUGUCCGUGGUGCUGAAACAUCCGACGCUACAUAUAAAACCAUGAUGGAGUGGGGCAAGAGUGUGGGCAAGACUUGCAUCACUUGCAAGGACACGCCUGGCUUUGUGGUCAAUAGACUACUUGUACCAUACAUUGCUGAGGCUGUGAGACUGUUUGAGAGAGGCGAUGCGUCUGCCCGUGACAUCGAUAUUGCAAUGAAAUUGGGAGCUGGAUACCCCAUGGGUCCUUUGGAACUGGCUGACUAUGUUGGUUUGGACACCACAAAAUUCAUCCUAGAUGGAUGGCAUAAGAAAUUUCCACAGGAAACACUUUUCAAGCCUAUUCCCAUGGUUGAUAAAUUGGUAGCCGAAGGAAAACUGGGAGUCAAGACUGGUGAAGGAUUUUACAAAUAUGAGAAGAAAUAAGGCUGCUUUUAAUCACAUGGUUUCAGUCAUAUAGUUGGAAACUUUUCAUUGUGAUUUGUGGGUGAUUGCCACCGCCAUCUUUGAAUUUUUAAAAGAAACUGUAGACAUUUAGCAAAAUUGUGGGAUACAUGAUACAUCCCGCUUAUUGCCCAACUUUAUGACUGAUGAAAUUGUUUUGAUUAUACUAUUAUUCAUAAGAUAUUAUUUGUGAAUUAUGGAAUUUAUACUGGUUGCUGUUAGAAAUUAUUGGUAUUUGUAUUGUAUAAGUUUAAAUCUAUUUUCUUAUACUCAUAUUAAAGUAUUUAUAUUUUUAA